AUGUUUGAAUUUGUUAAUGAACUAAUAGCUGGUUUCAGCUAUGAGAAAUUUAUGAGAUUGGUAAUCAUUCUAGGUGGCUACAUUUUGAUUAGAAAUCUGGCUCAAAGGGAAUUGGCUAAGAGAAAAUUAUCUGCUCAGUUACGUGACGAUAGAAAAUUCAAAUCAGAAAAAAACACUGAACAAUAUCUAGAGGAUCCAAAAGAAGAAGAGAAGAAAGAAAAGGAAUUGGAAGAAGCUGCUGCUUCUUCUUUCGGUUGGGGUAAUAAGACAAGAUUAAGAGUUAAGAAACAACAAAAAUCUUUUGAAAAAGCUGUCGAUAGAUUACAACAACAACAACAGAACGCAUUGAGCAUAGAAGAUGAAGAUGCUGAUAUCCAGGAAUUAUUAGAGGAUUAG